AUGAAAAUCAUUUCAGUAAUUUGCAUCUUAUUAUUAACAAUUGCUUAUUCUUCUGCUCAUGGCUUCUAUGGUUGCGGUGGUGUAUCUUGUCCAUGGGGUAGUAUUUCAUUAACUAAAUUCGGUAUUUGUGGUUGUGUUGAAAUUUUCAAAUGUCACGAAGUUUCACUUACUACUAGAAUCAUUGGUAAUUGGGAACAUGAUGGAUGCUCUUUCACCCAAUACGAUGUAACUAUUACUAACAAUAUGGAUGCCAACAUCAAGAACAUUUUUAUUGGUACUGAUGAAACUUUGAAAUUACGUGCUUAUGACUCAUUAUGGAAUGCUAAAAGAUGUAGCGCUGAUGAAUUAAGUUUACCAGACUACCAACCAUCAAUUAAUGCUCAUGCUUCAUAUACUUUUGGUUUCAUCCUUAGAGGUAAUGUACCAGCCAACCUUGCCAUCUUAAGUGUUGUUUAUUAA